AUGCGGCCGUCACCGACCUCACCCGAGCGCCGAAUCUCGACGAGAAGGCAAGCCUUCGAUGCUAUGAUCAAAGAGAUCUGCUCGGCCCUGCUCGAGGCCGACGUCAAUGUGCGGCUUGUCGGCCAGCUCCGCAAGUCGAUAAAGAGCACUGUCAACUUCAAAGAACUGCCCCCUGCCGUCAACAAGAAGCGACUGAUCCAAAAGGCCGUUUUCGACGAGCUCGUCCGCCUAGUCGACCCCCAUGCCGAGCCGUUCAAGCCCAAGAAGGGCAAGACCAACGUCAUCAUGUUUGUUGGUCUUCAGGGUGCCGGAAAGACAACGACAUGUACCAAGCUGGCGAGGCACUACCAGACCCGUGGCUUCCGCGCUUGCCUUGUCUGCGCCGAUACCUUCCGUGCCGGAGCCUUCGAUCAGCUGAAGCAGAACGCGACCAAGGCCAAAAUCCCCUACUACGGCUCGCUGACCGAGACGGACCCCGCCGUGGUCGCGCGCGACGGCGUGGAAAAGUUCAAGAAGGAGCGCUUCGAAGUCAUUAUCGUCGACACGUCGGGAAGGCACAGGCAGGAAUCAGCACUGUUCCAGGAAAUGAUGGACAUCCAAACUGCCGUCAAGCCUGACGAGACCAUCAUGGUGCUGGACGCCAGCAUCGGUCAGCAGGCCGAGGCGCAGGCCAAAGCGUUCAAGGAGGCUGCAGACUUUGGUGCCAUUAUCAUCACCAAGACUGACGGCCACGCCAGCGGUGGUGGCGCCAUCUCGGCCGUCGCGGCCACCCACACCCCAAUAGUCUUCAUCGGCACGGGAGAGCACAUGCUCGAUCUGGAGCGAUUUGCGCCACAGCAGUUUAUAUCCAAGCUGCUCGGCAUGGGUGAUAUGGCGGGGCUGGUCGAGCACGUGCAAUCGCUCAAGCUGGACCAGAAGGACACCAUCAAGCACAUCACCGAGGGCAUAUUCACCAUUCGGGAUCUGCGGGACCAGCUGCAGAACAUCAUGAAGAUGGGCCCGCUUUCCAAGAUGGCCGGCAUGAUCCCCGGGAUGAGCAACAUGAUGCAGGGGAUGGAUGACGACGAAGGAACGAACAAGCUCAAGCGCAUGAUCUAUAUCUGCGACUCGAUGACAGACAAGGAGCUUGAUAGCGACGGGAAAAUCUUCAUCGAGCAGCCGACGCGGUUGACACGGGUGGCCAGGGGUUCAGGAACCCACGUGCGCGAGGUCGAGGACCUGCUCACACAGCAACGCAUGAUGGCGGGCAUGGCCAAGAAGAUGGGCGGAAACAUGAAGAACAUGCAGCGCGCCCAGUCCGCCAUGGCCGGCGGGAACAAGCAACAGCAACUGGCGGCCAUGCAGAAGCGCCUGCAAAGCAUGGGUGGCGGCCCAGGCGGUGCCGGAGGCGGCAUGCCUGACAUGGGCGCGCUGAUGAAGAUGUUUGGAGGCGCUGGUGGUGCCGGUGGCGGCAUGCCAGGAAUGCCGCCCGGGAUGGACAUGCAGGCCAUGAUGAGGCAAAUGGGCGGCAUGAUGGGCGGCGGUCAGGGACGGGGCAGGAGAUAA